AUGAAGCAGCAGCGAAUAAGACACAUUGCAUGGCCCAAGCACAUGAACAUCCACCGCCUACGGCUAUGGUUGCCUCCACUCAACCACGAAUCUGAAGCUGUUUCUGGAAAGAACAUGACCAUAAGAAUCGCAGAGUCCGGUGAGACCUCUGAGUUGCUCACCGGAGAGCUGUCCGAUGGCCGACAGGGUGGUAGUUCGGUGCUGCAAGUUCCAAAAGGGUUCUUGGCAGUUUAUGUUGGGCCGGAGCUUCGAAGGUUUGUGAUUCCCAUGAGCUGUUUGUCAUCACCGGAUUUUAGGGUUUUGAUGGAUAGAGUGGCUGAGGAGUAUGGAUUUGAGCAAGAAGGUGCACUCAAAAUCCCUUGUGAUGAAGAGGAUUUUGAGCAUAUUUUGGUCAGGUGUUUGGCAAGUAAGAAGAAUGAUAAGAAGAGAAAGGUGUAA